GAAUUUAAAGAUCUAAAAUUAUCAAUAAAAUGUCAGUCGAAGGUUCUUCAGGGAUUCAGACACUAUUGGAGGUAGAAAAGGAGUCGCAAAAAAUUGUUCAAAAGGCUAGAGAAUGUAGAGCACAGGGAUUAAAAAAUGCACGUUCGGAAGCACAAGCAGUAAUUGAAGAAUAUCGAGCACAAAAAGAAGAGGCAUUUGAAAAAUACAAGAAAGAACUUGCGAGGUUUAAUUUAAAAGAAGAAGAACUUCAUAAUAAGGUCCUUAAUGAAAAAUUAGAAAAUAUUCGGCAACAUGCAGCUAGUAAGAAGGGAGAAACUAUAGAAAAAAUGAUCGAAAUUUUUACAACAGGCUCUUUGGAAAUUCAUCCUAAUGCUUCUCUUCAAAUAUAUCAAGAUUUAUCUAUCAAAAAUUUGGAACAGAAACCAACAAUAUAA